AUGGGUGUCGGACGUCGCAUGCAGAAGCAGGGUCCUCCUGAGCCCCUCUCGGAAGAACAUUUCGCGAAACUCAAGCGUAAGGCCGGUCUGCCUGUCGACGAAGUACCCGCCGAGCCUCGCACCAACAAGAAGCGGAGGACCGCCAGGGAGGCUGCCGCCAAGGGCAAUGGAGUAGCCAACAAGAAGGGUGCGAAGCCCAACGGCGCAGCACCUGUCAAGAAGCCUGCGGCACCCGCCCCGAAAGUCAACGGCAAGAAGGGCAAGAAGGCGCCGCAACCCCAGGAGGACGAGGACGACGUCAGCGAUGGUCUGGGCGACUUUGACAUGGGCGAGGACGAUGAGUUCUCCGAUCUCGAGGCCGCCGACGACAUCAAUGGCCUGAAGGACGACUUCCUCGACUCCGACGACUCGGUCUACGACUCUGACGAUGCCGGGCAGCCCAAGGCCAUGUUCUCGGAAGACGAGGACGACUCGGAUGCUGAGGAGCAGCUGACCGCCGCCAACAUUGCUGGUCUUUCCAGAAAGCUCGACGAGAAGCUUGCGCAGGAGGAGGCCGAUGCUCAGGCAGAGUGGCAGGAAGGUGCCAUGCAGACCAACAUCGUCGAGGACGACAAGCCUCACGUGCUGGAUGACGAUGAGGAGGAGGGAUUGGUGGCAAAGACAAAGGCACUUCUGGCACCAGAUUUGCAGCUGCUCCGAACAAGAAUCACUGAUACCAUCCGAGUGUUGAGCGACUUUGGAAAAUUGUCCGAAGAGGGAAGGAGUAGAGCCGAGUAUACUGCGCAGCUGUUGAAGGAUAUCUGCGCAUACUAUGGCUACUCUGAGUACUUGGCCGAGAAGCUCUACAACCUCUUCACCCCACAGGAGGCUUUCGCCUUCUUCGAGGCCAACGAGACCGCGAGACCUAUUGUCAUCAGGACGAAUACUCUGAGGACGCACAGGAGAGAUCUUGCCCAGGCUCUCAUCAACAGAGGUGUUGUACUGGAGCCGGUUGGCAAGUGGUCCAAGAUUGGUCUACAGAUCUUCGAGAGUCAAGUGCCUCUAGGUGCCACUCCUGAAUAUCUCGCCGGUCAAUACAUUCUGCAAGCUGCCAGCUCGUUCCUCCCCGUUAUGGCCCUGGCCCCCCAGGAAGGUGAGCGCGUGCUCGAUAUGGCCGCUGCUCCCGGUGGAAAGACGACGCACAUGGCCGCCAUGAUGAAGAACACCGGCUGCAUCUUCGCCAACGAUCCCUCGAAACAGCGUGCCAAGGGUCUUAUUGGAAACAUCCACCGUCUCGGUGCCCGCAAUGUCAUUGUGUGCAACUACGACGCCAGGGACUUCCCCAGAGUCAUGGGUGGCUUCGACAGAGUUCUCCUUGAUGCGCCUUGCUCGGGUACUGGUGUCAUUGCCAAGGAUGCUUCCGUCAAGACCAACAAGACCGAGAGGGACUUCAUGGUUCUGCCUCAUACUCAGAAGCAGCUGCUGUUGGCCGCAGUUGACAGUGUAAACCAUGCCAGCAAGACCGGUGGAUACCUGGUUUACUCUACAUGUUCCGUCACAAUCGAGGAGAACGAGGGAGUCGUCAACUAUGUUCUCAGCAGGCGUCCCAAUGUCAAGCUUGUCGACACCGACCUGCCCUUCGGUAAGGAGGGUUUCACUAGCUACGAGGGCAAGCACUUCGACCCAUCUCUCAACCUGACCCGGCGGUACUAUCCCCACACCUACAACGUGGACGGUUUCUUCGUCGCCAAGUUCCAGAAGACCGGUCCUUCGCCUGCUCAGGGAGCCGGCCGGGAGAAGGUGCCCAUGGAGAGGAAUGAGGUCCAUGAGGUCAUCGACAAGACACCUAUUACCGACGAUGAGAAUGGUGCUCAGGAUGAUGACUUUGGCGACUUCGACGAGGGUGCGGACGAGGAGUACAUCGAGAGGGCUAAGCGUAACGCCAUGAGGAGGAGAGGUCUUGACCCCAACGCCUUGAACAAGGGAAAGGCAGAGAAGAACGGCGUAAAUGAGACCAAGGCCGAGAAGGCCGAGAAGUCUGAGAAGUCUCCCAAGGCUGCGGAAAAGGUUGAGAAAUCUCCCAAGACUGAGAAAUCUGCCAAGUCUGCCAAACCUUCAAAGGCUGAGAAGGCAGAUAAGUCCCCCAAAGCUGAUAAGGUCGAGAAGUCCCCCAAGACCGAUAAGGUCGAGAAGUCCCCCAAGGCUGAGAAGGUCGAGAAGUCCCCCAAGGCCGACAAGGUAGAGAAGGUGGAAACAAGCAAAAAGGAGAAGAAGAAGAGCAAGAAGGCAUAG